CUCCCCAGCUGGCUCCGGGAUGAAGCACUCUAGAUUUUAGGCAAAAUCUUCAGGAAGAAGAACUUGAAGCCAGAGAGGGAAGUGAAAGGAAUCAUCGCAGAUCUUGGGAAGAAGAAACCUCCCUUCCACCAUAGCCAGGCAGGUGGAAAGAGCAGGUGACAAGAGUCCUCAUAAAAUAGCUGUCCUGAACAGACCAGUGUUCCCAAGUUAUCCCCAGUGAUGUGGUCAUGAGGCAGAGCCCAGAGCUCUUACAGAAAGACGACUCUCAGGGCCAUGGCCCAGUUCAGCAUUAACAAUGAUUACAACGAGUGGAGCUCCAGCACUGAUGCUGGGGAGCGGGCCCGACUGCUGCAGAGUCCCUGUGUGGACACAGCCCCUAAAAGUGAGAGCGAAGCCUCUCCUGGGAGUCCCGACAGAGGCACCACUUCCACACUUGGGGCCAUCUUCAUCGUUGUCAAUGCCUGCCUGGGUGCAGGGCUGCUUAACUUCCCAGCGGCCUUCAGGACUGCCGGGGGCGUGGCAGCUGGCAUCUCGCUGCAGAUGAGCAUGCUGGUUUUCAUCAUCAGUGGCUUGGUCAUCUUGGCCUACUGUUCCCAGGCAAGCAAUGAGGGGACCUACCAGGAGGUGGUGUGGGCUGUGUGUGGCAAGCUAACAGGCGUGCUAUGCGAGGUGGCCAUCGCUGUCUACACUUUCGGUACCUGUAUCGCCUUUCUUAUCAUCAUCGGGGACCAGCAAGACAAGAUUAUAGCAGUGCUAGCCAAGGAGCCAGAGGGGACCAACAACAGCCUUUGGUACACAGACCGCAAGUUCACCAUCAGCCUCACUGCCUUCCUCUUCAUCCUGCCCCUCUCCAUUCCCAGAGAGAUUGGUUUCCAGAAAUAUGCCAGCUUCCUGAGCGUUCUGGGCACCUGGUACGUGACUGCCAUCAUUAUCAUCAAAUACAUCUGGCCAGAUAAUGAGAUGACCCCAGGAGACAUCCUGACAAGGCCAGCUUCCUGGAUGUCUGUGUUCAAUGCUAUGCCCACCAUCUGCUUCGGAUUUCAGUGCCAUGUGAGCAGCGUGCCCGUCUUCAACAGUAUGCAGAGGCCUGAGUUGAAGACCUGGGGUGGGGUGGUGACAGCCGCCAUGGUCAUAGCCCUGGCUGUCUACCUGGGCACAGGCAUCUGCGGCUUCCUGACCUUCGGAGCUGCUGUGGACCCCGAUGUGCUCCUGUCCUACCCUUCCACAGACAUGGCUGUGGCUGUUGCCCGAGCCUUCAUCAUCUUGAGUGUGCUCACCUCCUACCCCAUCCUGCACUUCUGUGGGCGGGCAGUGGUCGAAGGCUUGUGGCUGCGCUACCAGGGGACCCCCGUGGAGGAGGACGUAGGGCGCGAGCGGCAACGGCGCGUGCUGCAGACGCUGGUGUGGUUCCUGCUCACCCUGCUGCUGGCUCUCUUCAUCCCUGACAUUGGCAAGGUCAUCUCAGUCAUCGGAGGCCUGGCUGCCUGCUUCAUCUUCGUCUUUCCAGGGCUGUGCCUCAUUCAAGCCAAACUGUCGGAGAUGGAAGAGGUCAAACCAGCCAGCUGGUGGGCAUUGGUCGGUUAUGGAGUCUUCUUAGUCACCCUGGGAGCCUUCAUCUUCGGCCAGACCACAGCCAAUGCCAUCUUUGUGAACGUCUUGGCAUAACCACUGCCUUUGUGGACCCCAGGAGCCACCUCUCAGAGCUAUGGGCUGCCCCAACCCAACAUCAUGCUGGUGUGAUGGCAUCUGGACAUCCUUUUCCAGGAUGAUUAGCCCCCUACCUGUGGACAGCUCAGACCCCUGCUCCUUCCCGCUUCCCAGCCCCAGCAGUGCUGGCGUGGGGGCAGGUCUCCUGUGACACAGGAAUUUCCUCCUCCCCUCCUCUCAACUUCUCCAUGCCUUGAUUCGGUGGAUGAAAAGCAGCAUCAGGGGGACUUAGAAGAGAACCCAUUCUGACUUUCCUGGAGAAAGACGAUGUGCAAAAGGCUGGCGUCCUCCCUCGCCUCAGAGUAUCCUGUCCUGCGUAGGGGCUGUGUUCAGUGCCUGUUCCUGUCCUCAGCAGCCAUGACCGGUGGCAACUUCUCCUGGGAUCUAAGCUUCUGAAGGUGGCCUUGGAGUCAUACAGAUGUGCAAAGACAGCCGUCUAUUCCCCCGGACUGUCAGGGAGCCUGCUAGCCGCUUUGCCAUGGAUUGAUAUCUCCCAAGUCUCUGGGGGAGGAAGUGGGGCGUCUCCAAACCCAAUAGUCCAGGCCGGGCGUCCCUCUCCUGCAUCCCCAGAUGUCACCAAGUCUAAUGUUUACAAACGGUGCCAGCCUGGUUCUGAGACCAGGACCGCCUGCGUCGCGGUGCUGUGAGUACUCCUUCCUUAACUUCACCCAUUGGUGAAGGUGAGCUGUUUUUGUUCCCUCCUGAUUCCAGAUGGGAACUUUUUAGAGGGUCAGAGUGAGGAAUGAAGGAGUCUGGGAACUUUUCAAACCCUUACUGUGGGCUGAGCUGACCAAACCUGUGUGUGUGUGUGUGUGUGUG